AUGGCACCUACAUAGAAGGAAUUCAGAAGGUUGAAGUGAGUUUUAAAGAAAAGAUAAGCACAACACAGAACCCUUUUGAAGAAAAGAAGAAAGAAAAAAGAACCAAAGUAUGGAGUGGCCCCACCUCCCAAGUUGUCCUCUUCUCCUCUUUCCCUUCUAACAACAAAAACACUCUACAGUUUCUUCUUUUCCCUCAAAAGAAAGAAAGAAAGAAACCCUCAACACAAUAUUACUUGCACUCACUGCUCCAUCCUCAAUCCCCAAACCCCAAUCCCUUCUCUUCUCAACCCUCUGUCUCAUGUCUCCCUAUAUCAGAGCUCUCACCGCAAAUACUUCGUCGGCGCCUCCACCGGAAGCGGUGGCCUUGGAGUCGGACUUCGUGGUCAUUCUCGCGGCUUUGCUCUGUGCCCUAAUUUGUAUGGUAGGGUUGAUAGCGGUGGCUCGGUGCGCCUGGCUCCGCCGUGGAAAUCAGGCGUCGGCGAAUAGAGGACUGAAGAAGAAGAUACUGCAGUCGCUUCCGAAAUUCAGGUACAAGUCAACGGUGGGAGAUGGGAAAAUAGCGGCGGAAUGUGCGAUCUGCCUGGCGGAGUUCUUGGAGGGGGAGGAGAUCCGACAGUUGCCGCAGUGCGGGCAUUGCUUCCACGUCAGUUGCGUAGACACGUGGCUAGGUACCCACUCCUCCUGCCCUUCUUGCCGUCAGAUACUGGUAGUGGCCAGAUGUCAGAAGUGCGGCCAGUUUCCGGCGGAUGUACAAGGCGGCGGUGCUCACAACAACGAGGAGGAGGAAGUGGAAGAUAACAUCAACAACAACAACAACAACAGGGGUUUGGGGUUUUUGCCUUGACUUAACAAAACCUUAGCUUCACUUCACCUUCUCUAUUUCUUUCUGCUUCAUCACAAACACACAAGAUUCAGUUCUUUGUGAAUUCUUUUUUUCUAAAAAAAUUACAAAAACAAAUCUUGACUCAUGAUGUUUAAAAGAAAAAAACCCCUUCAUUAAAAAAACUGCACUUGUAAAUUCUAAAUUCUAUACUGCCAGUACCUUCAUUACCCUCUCAUGCUGUUUCUGAUGAUCAUCCCUUCCUCUAUCAAAGUUCCUUUUUCUUUUCUCUC